CACAAAUAAAACCAGAAGAGAUGAAAGCCCUGGGGAGGCAGUCAGUACAGGUCUCAAACUGACGAGCUGCUAAGCACGAGCUGAAUUUCUCUGCCUCUUCACGUGGCCGAGUUGCACUCUUGGCUCGGGGUUAGUGAUCUUACAUGGCAUUGGAAGCUUAGGAGCCAGGGGGCGCCCUUUCAGCCGAAAAAAACACCUCGCUGCAAAAGCCAGCUGAGAAGCUCCCAGUUCUAAAGAGAGGCUGUUUACCAGAAGAGCAUACAUAACAAGGGCAGGUCCGACUGCAAGGCUGGGACCCUCCCGCAGAGCUGCCGCCAAGGGGACCCCGGUUGGUCAAUCACCUGCAAGAUGAAGGCGGUGAGGAUGCUGCCGGCUUGGGUGCAAACACUCCUCGUCAGCAACAUGCUCCUAGCUAAAACCUAUGGAUCUGGAGGCUGCUUCUGGGACAACGGCCACCUGUAUCGAGCGGACCAGCCCGCCCCCGCGCCGGGCCUCCGCUGCCUUAAUUGGCUGGAUGCGCACAGUCCCCUGGCCUCUGCCCCCGAGUCGGGCGCCGGCAACCACAGCUACUGCCGGAACCCGGACCAGGACCCGCACGGACCCUGGUGCUACGUGAGCGGCGAGGCGGGCGCCCCGGAGAAGCGGCGCUGCGAAGACCUGAGCUGCCCAGAGACUAUUUCCCAGGACCUGUCAACCUCCAGGACAGAAGCUGAGGAGACACCUGAAGUGCCAAGUGGAGACGAGGUGCAGGUGUUUGCUCCUGCCAAUGCCCUGCCUGCCGGGAGUGAGGCGGCAGCCGUGCAGCCAGUGAUUGGAAUCAGCCAGCGAGUUCGGGUGAACUCCAAGGAGAAAAAGGACCUGGGAACCCUGGGCUACGUGCUGGGCAUUACCAUGAUGGUGAUCAUCAUCGGCGUCGGAGCCGGCAUCGUCUUCGGAUACACCUACAAAAGGGGGAAGGACCUGAAAGAGCAGCAUGACCAGAAAAUGUGUGAGAGAGAGAUGCAGAGAAUCACCCUACCCUUGUCUGCCUUCACCAACACCACCUGUGAGAUCGUGGAUGAGAAGACUAUUGUGGUCCACGCCAGUGAGACACCAGUCGACCUUCAGGAGGGCAGUGCCCCCCUUAUGGGACAGGCAGGCACUCCUGGGGCCUGAGCACCCCCACAAUGGGCAGGAGCCCAUGCAGGGACUGGUACAGAAUGGCCUACCCUCCUGCAGCUGGGAGGAGCUACACUUUUUGUUGUGGUUAAAACCCUUCUCCGGGUUUUUUUUUGUUUUGUUUUGUUUUGGGGACCUCCUAAGACAGAAGCAGGUGGUGCUAUGGGCUGAGAACGAAGAUGGGUAGGGUCCCACCAGUGCUCUUUCUCCAUCCCUUGGAGCAGGGUUUUGCCUGUGGAUGGCGACAGCAGCAGCCCCCAUAGCAGUGCUGCUGACAAGGGCUUCCAGACAUUGCCUGUGCCCCGGAACUGAAUCAGGGAUGGACAGGGAGCUCCCCCAGGCUCCUCUGUGCUUCAUUAUCUAAGGUGGCCUCAUUCUCCACCUUUCCGUUUGUUCUCUAUGGGCUUAUGUGGCGCACACUGUUAUUCAUCCUUCAGGUCAAGCAGGUCAAGAGGGAGCAUCUAGAAAUAUAUCUUUAGUUUAAAAAAUAUUUGGGGUGGAACUCCCUACUGACCUCUGGGAACCAGAAAUGAAUUUGUACAAAAGUCAGAACUGUGGUUUGAGAAUGGGGUCGAGGCUGGGGUUUACUGGGUGUGCUCCAGCUCGCUGGUCUGGCAGCGAUGUGCCUUGACAAGAAUGGGCCGGGCCUGGGCCCAGAGACGCUUCCUGUCUCCAAAGGAAAGGAAGAACUGCACUGAACAUUCCACUUAGGAAGAGGGGAGAGAAGGAUCCGCGACUGCCUUAGGCCACAGGAUGUGAGGUGGACCUGGGGUACCCCAGUCUCUCUCCAGGGUGGACAGUGACCUCUCUUCAUUUUGUAGGGAUAAGACAACAGCCAGCUAACCUACGGGAAUCAUACUGUGGGGCCCUGUGAGCUGCUUCUUGAGAGGUUAAUGUGGAAACUAAGCUCAGAAGUCAGGUAAUCACAGCUCAGGCCCCUGCAGUGGCCUGAGUGUACAGGUUGCUCUGUGGCUUCCAGGCCAGCGCCUUCCAGUGAAGGCUACUAGAGCUGGGGCCCCAACCCCUAACUUGUAGAACAGUCAGAAUCAUUGGAAGGGAUCUUCGGGCUCCCAGAGGGGGAAGUGACACCCAAGAUUAUAAAGUUACAGGCAAGGCCGAGGGGAGUACAUUUCCCCGUGGCACUGUGCUGCACUGUGCCAGCAGCUCAGCAGGGCCUCCAAGUCCUAAUGUCACACUCGGAGGCCUUAGCAAUGCCCUGUCCACGGAGUUUUCUUCCCCGAAGCCCUUCUAUUGCCCCAUGUGGAGAGGGGGAUUAGUGGGGAUUGUUCUCUUUAGCAGGCUGUUUGCAGGGGCGAGGGAACCUAGGCCUCAGGGGUCCCUUGCUGUUAAGUGAUGCUGAAGAGACUAUUACUGGUUUCUACUUUUCUAUAAAAGCAUUUCUCUGUGUACAUGUUUUAUAUACCUCAUUCUGACACCUGCAUCUAAAAGUGCAGGAAAUUGCUCUGCAUUUGACUUACAUAAAUAAAUUUAAA